AUGCGUGCUUCUUGGGUUCUGACGGAUGUGUUCUCCAUCGCGCUCGGUCGAAGCCACCCGAAUGUGGCACGAGGGACGUACUCGGGCAGGCACGCACGGCAGAUGGGGCGUCGAUGUGGCCCAGCGCCGCACCACGUUGUUUUUCCGGGGGCCGUGGUGAAAAAAGAAACCACGCCGCCUGGAAAGACGACCGACACCCCCCUCGCUCAGAUGAACGCGUCACUGCAGUCGACCACAAGCACGGGGGUACGCACAAGGGCGGUGGAGUUGGGGCUUGUCUCAGAGGAGGCUGAUUCCGCUUUUGCGGAGUUGUGCGGAGGGGGCAGCUCCACCUCGAAGGAUCCCUUGCUUGAAUUUUUGGAGAAGAACGAAGAGGACGCCGCCCUCUUGCUCGCCAUGUGGACCUCGUUGCGUCGCAGCUGUUUGCAUGCCUCGGAGAUAUCGGAGUCCCUGUCGCUCACAACAAGGUGGUUUUUGCAUCACCUCAUCCGGAUGCGCGCCAUCGCGGCCGCGGUGCGGUUUUACCAGCGACUCUUGGCCCUGGGGGUGCAGCUGCAGAAGUGGGACGUUGUUCUGCUGUUGAGUAACUUGCCCUACGACCGGUCCACAACUGUGGCGGAGUCCCACUCCGAGGCGUGGAUGCAGGAGAACCGCCCCUCGCGGUGGGCGGAGCGGCGGCGGCGCGAGCAAAGAGGACGCGGCGAGGACGUUACAUUGACGCCCCACAAGCGAGCAGACACCGCGGGAUGUGGGGGAGCGGGGAAGGACGAGGGGGGGCGUCCAGGCAUGGGUGCGGGGGUCGUCACCCCCAACACCGCAGCGCCGUCCCAACCCACGUACUCCGCGUCUGGUGGCAGCGCCAGUGUUGCCCAAAGUAAAACGGAUGGCAACACCGUUGGUGCGGUAAAGCAGCCGCAUUCUCAGAAGCAAGAUUGGGUCAGGCAGUGGCUUCUCUACGAAGCCUCGAUGGGAAACAUUGAAUUCCCCGACGGCGAGGAGUGUGGUGGACCUGUCACGUGCGAUGGGAGGUCGGAUGCAUCUCACUUUAGCGACGCCGUGGAGGCCGAUGCAGACAUGCUGCAGGAUUCGCUGGAAGCACACCGUCUAAUGGGUGUGAUGGCCCAAUUAAAACAUCUUAUGUUGCUACAAGAUGCCGGCAUUCUUGUUGCGACGAACAGGACGCCAAGUCCACAUAGGUGUGCCAUCAGCGUCGCUGGAGGCGCAUCCGCUACAAGGCACCGUCGCUACUGGGCCGAGGCACUCCACCUUGCAGGCGUGUAUGUGAGGUCCAUUCCAGCAACACGGGAUGCCACCUCGCUUCCUGAGGAACUUCUUGAAAUCACACGGCGGGCCGUGAUGUGCUCUCAAUCCUGGAAAGUCGCCCUCCAUUACCUUGAGCUGGCUAAGCGGCACGACGUCGCGUUGAGCAGAAAGGAUUAUGCGAAGUUUGUGCUGAUCGCUGCGGAGGAGGAGCCAUGGCGAAAAAGCCGUAGAGUCGAAGAAUGUAUGACGCACCACGUUCUCCCGCACCUUUCAAAUUCAACCGCGGCUGGCUAUGCGGUUCGGGCUCUAUGGCUGGUGUACGCAUGCUCCUUGAAAUUGGAUCGACCUGAGGACUACGUGGAGCUGGUUGGGAGCCAAGCAAGGAACCUCCCUGCAGCAAUAAAGGAGGCCAUCAUGUUUGCUAAGCUUGCGGUCUCCCAUCUGCAUAUUGAGGUUGAUCGAUACCGGGCAGAGGCUGCGGCUCAAGAGUUACUUGCAACCUCGCUUCGAAAGGGUUUGUUUUCAACGGUUGGUGAAUCCACACCGGAGAAUUCCCCUUCUUUACUUACGAAACCGAAUGAGGAAACAGCACCCGAUUCCUGCACGGGUGAAAUUCUUUCAGAGUGGUUAAGAGACUCUUUAUUCCUGGUUUGUAUUUCUCUCCCCCGUGUUAUUGCUGUGGCGCCUAUUCUCGUGAUUUCACAAGAAGACGCUGUUCAACUUACUUCCUUCCUGGUGGACGUAUUAUACAGCCGCAUGGGGGUAUGGGAGAUAUUCUCCAAAUUGUACUUGGGGAAGGCCGAGGCCUCUGCACGUCGUGCCCCUGAGAGGUCGUCUAUCGCCGCUUCCAUGGCUCUCUGUGUGCUUCGCGUCGCCCUGGCGUUGUGUGCGGCCCACGGCGAGUUUGCAUCACGACAACGAGGCGUCGUCUUGCUUACCCCCAAGCAGCUGACGCUUCUUUUAGGCAUGGGAGUGGAGGCGUUGGGCGCCAUCCCUUCUCACGCAUGCGGCAACGCGGAGUUGCGAUCCGUCAUGGCGAGUUUGGCGCGCACGGCUGUCCGGCUGACAAAGGAGGUGUGCCGGCUCUUCGACCUCAGCCCCGGUAGUGAGAGGCUGCUGUUUGGUGUCGCCUCGGAGGAAAAGGUGGGGUCGCUCGUCCUCAUGGUCCGGGUUCUACUGCUCCUGCACGCAGACGCGCCUGGGCGACGCUUCCCGGUAACCACGCAAGUCUUUCUUCGUUCUCUUUUCCGGCCCAACAGCGGCUUGGGAAAACAAGUCCGACGUUCCCUGCAGCAAAAGGAGGUGGAUCAAUUAGACGCUCUUUUGUACCGGCGCGCUCAUGCGAGAACCAGUGCUGAAGGUGGUUCUCCUUCAACCCGGCGUCUCCAGACCUUUUCUUCCGAAGACGUUGCAAGGAUUGCGGCGACAGCAGAGAUGCAUAACUCGAUUUAUUCUAUAGCCGUUCAACAUGAAGGUGAUUCCUCUGCCGUGGAAGGCGCACUCGGCUCUCGUCUUCGCACAAUGCAGUCGGGUGAGGCUUGCUUACUGUUGCAUGUUGCCCUUCACCAUCUGCGUUUACGUCCUGGAACUUUUGGGAUGGCGUUUUUCCUGAAGGUGUUGGAGCGCCUUCGCAGCGGCGCAACGAGUGAGGCCCAUGGUUCAUCCUUGUGGCUAAAGGCCAUCUCGGUGUAUUGGGACGCUGUGGAGCACACUGCAGCCCAUUCAGGUUCCCUCAGUACAGCUGGUGUCAGCAAUAGGAAGAGGUUUCAGGAGCAUGAAAGAGAAGUUUUGUCGGCGUUCCUUUUACCGAUGAUGCAACUUAGCAUGGCGAUGAGAAGGAGGGACCUGGGCUGGGUUUGGCUGGAUCGCUGGGCUUCUCUUUAUACACCUGUGGAACGCGACACAUGCUGGGCGAUGCGUAAUGUUCAAGCACGAUCGACUCUUCGUGACAGGCGUGGUCUGCAUAUGUGCCUUGAACUCGUUAAAAACGAGUCGAAGAAGGCGGCAAUGGAGGGGACGCUUGUAGAAUCACCACCAGCCCCAGUUACAUCGCUUCUCUGUGAAGUUGCCGUGAGACAUGCGGAUUGGCGAGAGGCCUUGGAGAGUCUGCUGCAGCCCUUUGUUCAUUCUGCAAGCAGCGGAAGCCCCGUUAUACCGUUGCCAAGCCUUGUCUCUAGUUCCGCGUUGCGGAUUCUCUGCCGUGCUCCUACUAACCUCUCCAACACCGCUCUACGGCUUAGGACGAUUCAGGGGGAGCAGUGGGAUCUUCAAAGUGCCAAUGGGCUUCUGUUGUUGCUUCUGCGACAACGCCGGUGGAAGCUUGCUCUGCAGCAUGUCAAGGAGAUGUAUCCGUUGCUGGACGGCGUCACUGACACGCCGGCAGGAAGCACAAGUAGCUGCAGCACUAGUAAUAUAACGGAGAAUAAUAGCAAGGAUGAGGAACAGAUGAAGGUGAAUCAGGCAUUGUUUCUUCUUUAUGGUUUGCGGGCGUGUGCCAUUGGUGGAUCUGGCGAGGAGGCCGCACUGCUGUACGACCGUGUCAAGGCACUCUUCACAAAGACGAACUCCGAUAGCUCACUGGAGAAGACGAAUAAUAACGGCUCUGCAACGCAGCUGGAGGAGUUGCUUUUCUCCAGCUUUAACCCUGAUGAGGUGGCGACAAGCGUGUCUGCCGUAGGGGAUGAAAAUGCUCGUCUGGGUAUUAUCACGGGCCAAGCGCGUCGCUACUUCCUUCGCGCCAUGACGAAGAAGAGUUUGACUUCUCAAGGUUUGCGUAAGUAA